ACCAGUGACAACAGUGCCAACACCACCAGCAUAUCCCCCCUCCCCCACACACAACCCACAAGACGGGGAAGGCAACACUGAACACCAUUUACUUAUAACAACAGAAGUGGGUGAGCGGCAGGGCGGGAGCCAAGAGACAGACAGACAGACGGCAGCAGAUGGACAGACAGGAGGAGCAUCAUCAACACCUGUUGGCCAGGCACGUGGAAGACAUCACCGAGGCGUGGGUGAAGCGUCUCCUCCUCCACAGCUUCACUGCCUCCGGGCGUGAGGGGAGCAUAACCCUAAGGAGGUGGAGCCGACACAAGUGCCUGUCUCCAGACCCCCUGGCCGGCCACUCCAGCUCGAGGGUCACCGUCAAGGUGGAGUACGAGGUGAAGGGCGAGGCGACGACUGACAAGUUGAAGAAGCAGACAUUCGUGGUGAAGAUGGUGCCCACUGAGGGCCACAUGGCGGGCCUGUUGACGUCUGAGGGGAUGCACCAUGUGGAGGUUGGUCAGUACGGGCGGUUCCUGCGGGCGCUGGGGGCGUGGGAGACGGAGAAGCUCGGCGCGGGCGUGGGCGUGGUGGCCGAGAUUGUGCCCGCCCACGCCCUCGCUCUCAGCACGCCCCAUCACUUCACACUCGUCCUUCCGGAGAUCACCAACCUCGGCUACCAGACGCGGCUACUGGAGGAGGGACUGACGGCGUCGGAGGUAGUGGUGGUGGCCAAGGCCCUGGGGAGGUUCCAUGGGACAGCGGUGGCCUUCAAGGUCUCCAAUGGGACCAGCCUCGACGAUGCCUUUCCCGCCUGCUUCCACGUCGCCCGCGCCGACAGUCCGCUCUUCACCUUCUUCCCAAAGGCUGGGUUCGAACGACCCGCUCCUAACACUGCCAGCCUGCGGCAGGAGUGGAGCGGGGUGCCGGAGCGAGCCACUCUCCUGCGCCUUCUGGAGCCGUACGAGGCCCACGCUGCCCCCCUCGUCCUCCACCACCUGGCCCCCAGGGAGCCCUUCGCCACCGCCAUCCACGGAGACCCCCAGCCCACCAACAUCUUCUUCAAGAACUCUACUGUCGGAGGGUGUGCAAUUAAGCUGAUCGACUGGGCACAGGCGCGGUACAGCCAGGGCACCUAUGACCUCAUCUACCUGCUGUCCAUCGGUGCUGAGCCCGAGGUGAGGCGCCAGGUCUACCUGGAGGCCAAGGAGGAGUACUUCAGAGCCUUCAACGUCACCCUCAGGCACCUCCAGGCUGGUCUCACCUACCCAAGGUCGGUGUUCGAGGCAGACAUGGUGGUGAGCGAGCAGCUGAGCGUGGUGUGGAGUGUGGCCAGUAUCAACCUCCUGUACUCCAGCGCCAGGCUCCAGCGCCGACUGCUUGGCAUCCUCACUGACGUCCUCAGCAACCCGAAUAUUGAGCCUCCGAAGAUGCCUCUCCCAAAACCCUCCUCCCAGAAAGCUUCUGACACCAGGCGCCGCUGCUCCUCGUCUUCAGAGACCUCGUUCACACACCAAACAUUGUGA